ACAUGCCCCAUCCCCCUCCGGCCACCACCUUGGCUCAGCGUCCAUUCCCUGCUCUUUACCUCUUGAACUACCUCAGACGCCCCAUUACGUCCCCUUCUGACAUUCGGCGUUUGACAGGCGGCUUCAGAACUUCUUUCCUACCCUUUCCAUUCUGAUCCCAGGGAACUUCUGACUCAUGGCUGACCCCCUUCCACCAGUCCGACUCUUUGCGUUGUCUAGCCCUGCUCCUGACCGAGUCAGCCCUGACCCUGCCCUUCUUUCUGCCUCCUUUCCCGGUUCCAGCUGUAGGGGCAUGACCUUGUCUCGGGGACUCAGGGCUGGUCUAAACUCUACCCCCUUCCUCGGAUUGCUGGGAUCCCCGAGAGUCCUCCCUACCUGGAUAGAUGACAGUGACUUCUUUAGCCUCACUGUUGCUCCUGGGUGUGUGCUAAGACGUCUUAACCUACAGUGUUCACCCUUUGAGGAGCCUCUGGCUUCCCACACCUAUUCUGCCUUGUCCUUCAUCUCUUCUACACCCUUAAAUAUUAGUCGUCCCUACUUACUCUGGACCCAGGACACUUUGCAGACAUGGAGACUGUCGUUCGCCGAUGUCCAUUCUUAUCCCGAGUCCCUCAGGCCUUUCUGCAGAAGGCAGGAAAGUCUCUGUUGUUCUAUGCUCAAAACUGCCCCAAGAUGAUGGAAGUUGGGGCCAAGCCAGCUCCUCGAACCCUGUCCACUUCAGCAGUCCACUGCCAGCAGGUCAAAGAAACCCCUCCAGCCAAUGAGAAAGAGAAAACUGCCAAAGCUGCAGUCCAGCAGGCUCCUGACGAGUCCCAGAUGGCACAGACUCCAGAUGGCACACAGCUCCCGUCUGGACACCCGUCACCCGCUACAGGCCAGGGCUCUGGGAGCAAGUGCCCUUUCCUGGCGGCACAGCUGAGCCAGACAGGCAGCAGCGUCUUCCGCAAGGCCAGUCUGGAGCUUCAGGAGGACGUGCAGGAAAUGCAUGCUGUGAGGAAAGAGGUUGCUCAAAGUCCUGUGCCCCCCAGCGCGGUCGGUGUGAAAACAGACGGAGAGGAUCCAAGCGGACUGCUGAAGAACUUCCAGGAUAUCAUGCGAAAGCAGAGGCCGGAGAGAGUGUCUCAUCUUCUUCAGGAUAACUUGCCAAAGUCUGUUUCCACUUUUCAAUAUGAUCAUUUCUUUGAGAAGAAAAUUGACGAGAAAAAAAAUGACCAUACCUACCGAGUUUUUAAAACUGUGAACCGGAGAGCACAAAUCUUCCCCAUGGCAGACGACUACACGGAUUCCCUCAUCACAAAAAAGCAGGUGUCGGUCUGGUGCAGUAAUGACUACCUGGGCAUGAGUCGACACCCACGGGUGUGUGGGGCCGUCAUAGAGACUGUGAAACAGCAUGGUGCCGGAGCUGGUGGAACUAGGAAUAUUUCUGGAACGAGCAAGUUCCACGUAGAACUGGAGCAGUCGCUGGCCGACCUCCACGGCAAAGAUGCGGCGCUCUUGUUCUCUUCCUGCUUUGUGGCCAACGACUCCACCCUCUUCACCCUGGCUAAGAUGAUGCCAGGCUGUGAAAUUUACUCUGAUUCCGGGAACCAUGCCUCCAUGAUCCAAGGCAUUCGUAACAGUCGAGUGCCAAAAUAUAUCUUCCGCCACAAUGAUGUCAACCAUCUCAGAGAACUCCUGCAGAGAUCCGACCCCUCCGUCCCCAAGAUAGUAGCAUUUGAAACUGUCCAUUCAAUGGAUGGAGCAGUGUGCCCACUGGAAGAGCUGUGUGACGUUGCCCAUGAGUUUGGAGCAAUCACAUUUGUGGAUGAGGUCCAUGCAGUGGGGCUGUAUGGGGCUCGAGGUGGAGGGAUUGGUGAUCGGGAUGGAGUCAUGCCAAAAAUGGACAUCAUUUCUGGGACGCUUGGUAAAGCCUUUGGCUGUGUUGGAGGAUACAUUGCCAGCACGAGUUUGUUGAUCGACACCGUCCGGUCCUACGCUGCGGGCUUCAUCUUCACCACCUCCCUGCCACCAAUGCUGCUGGCUGGAGCCCUGGAGUCUGUGAGGAUCCUGAAGAGCAAUGAGGGGCGUGCCCUUCGCCGGCAGCAUCAACGCAAUGUCAAGCUUAUGAGGCAGAUGCUCAUGGAUGCUGGCCUCCCAGUCAUCCACUGCCCCAGUCACAUCAUCCCUGUGCGGGUUGCCGAUGCUGCUAAGAACACAGAAAUCUGUGAUGAGUUGAUGACCAGGCAUAACAUCUACGUGCAGGCCAUUAACUACCCAACAGUGCCUCGUGGGGAGGAGCUCCUGCGGAUUGCCCCCACUCCGCAUCACACGCCGCAGAUGAUGAACUUCUUCCUGGAGAAGCUGCUGGUCACAUGGAAGCGAGUUGGGCUGGAACUGAAGCCACAUUCAUCAGCUGAAUGCAACUUCUGCAGAAGGCCCUUGCACUUUGAAGUGAUGAGCGAAAGAGAGAAAGCCUAUUUCUCAGGCAUGAGCAAGAUGGUAUCUGCCCAGGCCUGACUGUGACUCAGUUAUUCACGUACCAUACCCAAAUAGUAGCCAGAAUUGUCUUUAUAUGUGAAAUAAAUUAUAUAUUAAAUCUUAA